GUCCGCGCCCGGCGCCGCCGCCGCCGCUGCGCCCUCCCGGCUGCGAGUCCGCCCGGCUCCGGAUCACGUGGCGGUUGCCGGAGGCAGAGACUAGAGAGGAGAGAAAAAAAAAGCGCCUCAUUCCUUCUUCCACCGCCAUACUGUAUUUUAUAGUAACUCUCAUUUUUAUUCCUCCCUUUUACUCCCGCUCGUGGAAGGUUUUCCUGGAGAAUGAAGUGCGGUUUGGUUUCCUUGUCAACGGAAGAUGAAGUGAACAACUGAACAUCUCCCCAGUGCAGGUUUAAAGCCAAGUGAUCCAACCAUGACUGGCAAAACACAGACCAGCAAUGUCACCAAUAAGAACGACCCAAAGUCCAUCAACUCCAGAGUCUUCAUUGGCAAUCUGAACACAGCCAUUGUCAAAAAAGGUGACAUCGAAGCAAUCUUUGCAAAGUAUGGGAAAAUAGUGGGCUGCUCAGUGCACAAAGGUUAUGCAUUUGUACAGUACAUGAGUGAGAGGCAUGCAAGAGCUGCAGUGGCAGGAGAGAAUGCCAGGAUCAUCGCAGGGCAGCCACUAGAUAUCAACAUGGCAGGAGAACCAAAACCAUACAGACCAAAACCUGGCAACAAGCGGCCACUUUCAGCACUUUACAGACUUGAAUCAAAGGAGCCUUUCCUGUCCGUUGGUGGUUAUGUCUUUGAUUAUGAUUACUACAGAGAUGAUUUCUACAAUCGGUUGUUUGAUUACCAUGGCCGUGUCCCUCCACCACCCCGUGCAGUGAUUCCACUGAAACGUCCUCGUGUGGCUGUGACAACAACUCGUAGAGGCAAAGGGGUUUUCUCCAUGAAAGGAGCAUCACGAUCUGCCUCAAGUGGGGCUUCUUCCUCAGGAUCAAAAUCACCCACCCGUCUUCCCCUGCCCCUUAUGUGGAGUGAUACUGUCCUUGGAAGCGUCACUGGAAGAGGAAGAGAAAGAUCAGUGAAAUCAGAUGAGUUGCAAACAAUCAAGAAGGAAUUAACCCAAAUCAAAACAAAAAUUGACUCCUUACUAGGGAGACUGGAAAAGAUUGAAAAGCAGCAAAAAGCUGAAGCAGAAGCCCAAAAGAAACAAAUGGAAGAUAAUGCUGAUUUGAUUCAAGAGGAAUGCAUAUCAGAGAAUGCAGAUAACUCUACGGAAGAGCCAAUUGAAGGAGGGCCAGAUGCAGAUGGGGAUGGAGAAGAUAUGACUGAUGGGAUAGAGGAGGAUUUUGAUGAGGAUGGCAGCAAUGAGCUGCUGUCUUGGCUUCUUUUUGAGGUUCUGCUGGAAGAAAUUCUAUGCCUUCAUACUAAAGCCAACAUUUCAUUUCUCAGUUUCUACAGAUCAAGUGAUGAGAUGCCAUGUGUGAACCCCCUGAAGGCUGAGAAGAGAAACUCUGACUUCCCCACAGAAAAUUGUGAACUGCGGUUUCUUACUGGCUAGCAACACCUUUAAUUCAAUUUGUAUGAAACUCAGUUUACUUAUUAAAAUGGACGUUAUUGUUCAAAUAUUAGAAAUUCCAUUUCUUAUAUGUUCUAAGCUGUACAAUUGUCAGAUUUUUAUGGUUUAGAUUGUAAAUGUGGUUUUCUCUGGCUAAUUAUUGGUAUUAUUUUUUUAAUUUUGAUGUCUUAAAGGCCAAUGUACUGUAUCAUAAUAAUAUGAAGGACAUAUUUAACAGGUGUGGAAAACACUGUAUACAAAUGUAUAUUUCUAAAAGCUAUUUUUAUGAUUAGCAUGUUUUACUGUUUCACCAUAUUUAGAGUCAGGUGAUAUUGCACUUCUUUGUUUAAUGUUUAAUUCAAACAAGACCAUUAUGAUCAGUGUCACUUUUAAAUACAUUGUAUGGUAUUUUCCAUUAUUUUAUUUAAUUUAUUUAUCAUUGGAAAUAAUUAUAUUUAGUAAUAGGAUAGCUUCUAAACAGUGAAAAUGUCAAAAUAAGAGAGUAAUCCUUGAUAAACUGUAAAUUAGAUCCUUCUGUAAAUCCUUUUCUUCAGAUAAGCACUCUCCAUGAUGCCAUUCAUCAGACAUUGUUACAGCUGUUCCUGCAAAUCUCUAAAGGCUGUUUGUUGUUACCAUAUGGAAAGUUUCCAUGACAGUCAGUCUCCUGUCUAGCCAGGAAAAUUACUUAUAGCCUGUCAAUAUCUGACAGCCUGAGUUAGCCUAUUUAAUACUUUUUGGGUUAUUUUCUGGCAGUAGUCUUUCCACUCACAAACUCCUAAAUCCCUCCUAAGAGCCUGAAGUUGGAAUAAUUAAUUAUUACAGGUGUUGUAGGGGGAAUCUCAGUAUAGAAUUUCUUAAUAAAUCAUAAUUCCUUUCAAACAGAAUGGAUGCAUUAUUUCUUUUGUCUUACUAAGACAUUAAGGGUAUCAAAGCAUAUAUGAUGUGGGCAAAAGGUCUUCUUCUCUAAUAAGAGUAUCAGCUUGUUCACCACCCUAAAGUCAGACCUCGUUAGCACUGCAGAUGACAUGAAACAAGGAAUAUAUCACCUACAUCUUUAUGUGAGAUGUACUCCUAUAGAAAGAGACGUCUUUAGAGUAAUUUCAAGGAAACAAAUUACUUAGUAACUACAGCUUUUCAAGAGGGAAAAGUACUAACUUAGGAAGUAUCUUAGGCAUUCUUUACAAUCAUUACCCUUAGAUUAUAAACUCACAGAAAUAAUUGCACAUUCAUAAUAUUGACACUGUUUCACACCACAGUUUAAGUCCUGAAUAUAUUUUGAACACAAAAAGACACCUCUGAUAACACCAUGAGGCACUAUUUCAUUUGCAAGCCAGAAGAUUGUUACGCCAUGCAGUCUAUUACUAGCAAGGGUUCUCAAUGGCAUGUUUGCUUAAAAUCACUACAGAGGAUGCUGGUAGCUUCAACAGAGCUUGAUAGUUCUCUGCUGUUCAUGUAUGUGGUAUGCUUGGUGUUGUUUGCCACCACUACCUGUAUUGUUUUACAUGAGUUUUGUCAGUUGUGGGAUUUUUUAACAUUGCUCAUCCCUUGAAAUAUGGAAGAACAAGAAACAUAAAAGAUCUUGUCAAUCCGUUUGGAUAGUUAACAGUCUUAUAAAAUCCUUUACAGUUCUGAAUCAAAUCAAUUCAUUUUCUACACAGACCUGUACGCUCUGUGUGUUUCAGAUAUUUGUUUCAAACCUGUGCAGUUGCAUGAAUGGAAAAUAUUUACUAAAAAGCUUUAAAGUUUGGAUCAAGAAGAAAUAUUUUUACUUUUGUAAAUUCUUGUAUUACAUAUUGUUGCAAUUCUAAUUAGUUUUCUCUAUAUUUCCAUUUUUAGUUCUGAAAAAUACAGUACCUAAACAAUGUAGAUAGCUACAAUCUUGUAAGCAGUUGUUUUUAAUUGGUGCCACUGCAAUUUAGAACUAAAACAUUCAGAGUUUGCCCAUGCAGAGCAGAUUGAUGGUUCAUUACAGUUUUCUUUAAAAUGUUGUAACAUAAUUUUUACAUGUCUGUAAAUAAAUAUUUUAUCUGAUUUACGCACUAAA